AUGUCUACUACUUCAGGAUUGAGUGCGGCCCUCUGUGCUGUUACAGGAUUGAGUGUGGCCCUCUGUGCUGUUACAAUGUCUACUACUUCAGGAUUGAGUGCGGCCCUGUGCUGUUACAACGUCUACUACUUCAGGAUUGAGUGCGGCCCUCUGUGCUGUUACAGGAUUGAGUGCGGCCCUCUGUGCCGUUACAAUGUCGUCUACUUCAGGAUUGAGUGCAGCCCUCUGUACUGUUACAGGAUUGAGUGCGGCCCUCUGUGCUGUUACAAUGUCUACUACUUCAGGAUUGAGUGCGGCCCUCUGUGCCGUUACAAUGUCUACUACUUCAGGAUUGAGUGCGGCCCUCUGUGCCGUUACAAUGUCUACUACUUCAGGAUUGAGUGCGGCCCUCUGUGCCGUUACAAUGUCUACUACUUCAGGAUUGAGUGA